AUGGGUGUCCUCUUCGAAAAGCCGCUGGGAACUGAAGGCAAGGCAUGGCCUGCCAUUCUAAUCAGUGGAUUCGUCGCCUUUGGGGGUAUUCUGUUCGGGUACGACACCGGCACCAUCAGCGGCAUCAUCGCCAUGCCCUACUGGACUGAGACCUUCUCAACCGGCUACCGCGACAGCACCGGCCAGCUCAAUGUCACCUCCAGCCAGUCUUCUGCCAUUGUAUCCAUCCUGUCCGCCGGGACCUUCUUUGGUGCACUCGGGGCCGCCCCGAUGGGCGACCUCAUCGGGCGUCGCUGGACUAUUGCAACCUCUAUUCCACUGUUCCUUGCAGGCCGCUUCUUUGCCGGUCUCGGAGUUGGUCUUAUUUCUGCGCUGGUCCCCCUCUAUCAAUCUGAAACCGCGCCGAAGUGGGUUCGGGGUUUCAUCGUCGGCUCCUACCAAUUCGCCAUUACAAUCGGCCUUCUCCUCGCCUCAGUGCUCAAUAAUGCGACCCACAACCGCAGAGGCUCAGGCUCUUAUCGUAUCCCUAUUGCCGUGCAAUUCGCCUGGUCCAUAAUCCUCGUCGCCGGCCUGCUGAUCCUCCCGGAAACCCCACGGUACCUAAUCAAGCGCGAUAAACCCAAAGCCGCCGCGCGCAGCCUGUCGAAACUCCGCCGCCUCCCCGAGGACCACGAGGCUGUGCGCGAGGAGCUCGCCGAGAUUCAGGCCAACCACCAGUACGAAGUGAGUCUCGGCAAGUCUGGGUACGUCGACUGCUUCCGGGGCAAUCUGCUUAAGCGCCUUAUGACAGGGUGUCUGUUGCAGGCGCUGCAGCAGCUUAGUGGGAUCAACUUCAUCAUCUACUACGGGACGCAGUUUUUCAAGAACUCUGGGAUCCGCAAUGAGUUUGUCAUUACGCUCGUCAUCAACUGUGUCAAUGUUGGGUCGACAAUCCCUGGUCUCUACGCGAUAGACAAGUGGGGUCGGCGGCCGGUUCUGCUCACAGGCGCUAUUGGCAUGGCUGUGUCCCAGUUGAUUGUUGCGGUCCUGGGUACGACGACCACGGGCCAGGACGGCCAGGGAAACAUAAUCGUGCAUGAUGCGGCGGCGCAAAAGGCCGCGAUUGCGUUUAUUUGCAUCUACAUCUUCUUCUUCGCAGCGUCCUGGGGUCCAAUUGCCUGGGUGGUAACCGGGGAAAUCUUCCCGCUCAAGACGCGCGCAAAAUCCCUCUCCAUGACCACCGCCACAAACUGGCUGCUCAACUGGGCGCUGAGCUUCUCAACCCCGUACCUGGUCAACUACGGGCCUGGAAACGCAAACCUGCAGUCCAAGAUCUUCUUCAUCUGGUUCGCAUGCUGCUUCCUGUGCAUUGGGUUUGUGUACUUUAUGAUCUACGAGACCAAAGGGUUGACGCUGGAGGAGGUGGAUGAGUUGUAUAACGAGAUUGGCAGUGCGCGGGAGAGUGUCGGGUGGAAGCCGCGCGUUACGUUUAUGGAGAUGAGGGCCAAGGAGGCCGGGUUGCAUCGCGAGGUUGAGGGGGCUUGA